AUGUUGGAACCAGCCGACGAAGAGCUACAAACAGCAGAAGCUGAAUCUUUGCGGGGUCUCCCUCCCUUCGCCGAGUACAGUAGAAGGCUGUUCCUGACGGAUGACCUCACCACAGGCAUCCUGCAGCUCGCGGAGGACCACUACAUUGUUGCCGACCUCAAUGUCUACCCCAAAAGAAAGGGCAAUGGCAUGCGUGCCGUACUCCGCGUCUUCAACUCCGAGACUGGAAAGUGGAAAAUCAUCCCCAAAUUGGACCCGGGCAAUGGCGGCCAGUUCCCCGAACUCUGGUCAACCGACAAUGUGCUCGCUUUCGAUGGCUGUUUCCUGUGCUGGGUCGACUACUUCGCGGUGUCCUGCUAUACUCGCUACGUCAACAUCGCGUCAGAUCUGUUCGUCUACACGGCCGCCGGUCCUUCCCCCUCGGUGCAGCAGCUCCCUCGGUACACCAAGGACAGGAAAAGGCCGUUCCUGAUGGAUAAAUUCGCCACAGGCAUCCUGCAGCUCGCGCCGGACUGCUACAUUGUUGCCGACCUUAAUGUCUACCCCAAAAAAAGCGACACUGGCAAUCAUCCCAUGCUUGUUGAACUCUGCAUCUUCAACUCCGAGAAAGGACAAUGGGGAACCAUCUGCAACAGGCCUGCCCCGCGGCCGCAUGACCAGAGCAAUGUCCGGUUCCCCUUCCUGUGGUCAACUGACGAUGUGCUCGCUCUUGAUGGUCGUUUUCUGUGCUGGGUAGACUACUUCAGUGGUGUCCUAAUAUCUGACUUCUCCGAUACAUGCUCCCCUGUGCUUCACUUCGUGCCUUUCCCCGGGGGAAAAGAGUACCGUAAUGACGUACGGGUUGAAAGAUACUUCCCCGAGAGAUUCCAAAGUGUGUCCGUCAGCCAAGGCAUGCUGCGCUUUGUCCACAUUGACAAUGACUUCCAUGAGAGAAUCCAUGGUGGCCAUCGUCACCUUCUUGAGAGAAGACUAGGGCAGCACCCUCGCCAAAAGAUCACCAUUUGGAAUUUGAACAUGAUGUCCAAGUUCAAGUGGGAGCUCCAUCGUGUGAUCUACCUGGAUUCUGUCUGGGGUAGCUCUGGUUACCAGGAGCUGCACAUACCUUGCCGUCUUCCUGAGUUCCCAAUCAUCAGUGCGGAUGACCCGGAUGUUGUAUGCUGCCUUUUAAGGGAGGAGGAAUUUCACGGUGAGGCGUGGAUGAUCAUGGUUGACAUGAAACAGGCACAUGUUCAGUCAUGUACUCCAUAUAUCAAUCAACAGUCCUGCUAUGCUAAGUCUGUGGAUGUGGAUGUGCAAGCUCGCAAAAGCCGUUUUGCUAAUGUGCCCCUACUUCCAGCUGUCUUCUCCAGACACCUUGAAAGGCCAACAGGGAUGCUAUGGAACAACGACAAGCUUGCACCUCAUCCUUCAAAGAAGAGUAAGUUUGCAAGGUAAAGACUUGGGAGUAUGGUUCGCUCAAAUCAAAGAUGAUGUUUGUCAAAGGUGCAACUUUUGGGAUUCUCAAACCGAAGAUGAUGUUUGGUGCGGUGCAGACAGAAAUGUGGGAAAAUAUUAUAUUUAUGUGAUGAAGAUGAUGUACUAAUGAAUAUCCAUUAGAGUAAACGAUACAUAUUAUGGAUCCUGUAAUCGUAUGUUUGAAAGCCAGCCUGUUAUAUGUUUGGGAUUGAACAUUGCUGGGUGUUAAUUAUGUUUGCCGUCGUC